UCCAGUUGUCAACAAGUAAUUUUCAACGAUUCAUACCGUCAUGGCUCCAGGAGGCAAAUCCGCAGGCGGCAAAGCGAUGAAGAAGUCCGGCAAGGCGCAAAAAAACAUCGCCAAGUCUGACAAGAAACGCAAGCCCAAGAGAAAAGAAUCAUACGCCAUCUACAUCUACAAAGUGCUGAAACAAGUACACCCAGACACUGGCGUUUCCUCCAAGGCAAUGAGCAUCAUGAACAGUUUCGUCAACGAUCUCUUCGAACGUAUUGCUUCGGAAUCCAGUCGUUUGGCUCACUACAACAAGCGAUCCACAAUUACCAGUCGGGAAAUCCAAACCGCCGUCCGCCUCUUGUUGCCCGGCGAGUUGGCCAAGCACGCCGUCAGUGAAGGCACUAAAGCCGUCACCAAGUACACAAGCUCCAAGUAAUCAUGUAUUGCUUAGCGAGGUUUUGACACUUAAAAAGGCCCUUUUUAG